CCCCGGAGUUGCUUGAAAGGUUGGAUGAAAUUCUGUGUGAUGUUGAACCUGUGCUUGAUGAUGCUGAGCUGAAGCAGUUGAGUGACAAGAGAGUGAAGAAGUGGCUUGUUGAUCUCCAAGAUGCUCUCUAUAGGGCUGAUGACUUUCUGGAUGAACUCUCCACUAAAGCUGCCACUGCUACUCCGAGGGAUUCGGGUAACUUUUAUGACUGGUCUCGCGCCGUUGAUUCAGUUAUUGAAGAUAGUGGUGUCAAUGUCAUUGAAAAAAUAGUUGGCACACUAGAGUCUCUUGUUAAACGAAAAGAUAAACUUGGUCUGGAAAAGAGUGCCAAGUUGGACACAUCAUGGAGACUUCCAUCCACAUCUCUCGUUAGUUCUGAUGUAUUUGGUCGGGACGAGGACAAGGAGAACAUAAUCAAAUUGCUGUUAGAUGAUACCUGCGAUGCUGAAUCACUUGUGACUGUGAUUCCCAUUGUGGGCAUGGGCGGGAUAGGAAAAACUACUUUGGCUCAAUUGGUUUACAAUGAUGCCAAAGUCAUGGGAAAAUUUGAUACUAGAGCAUGGGUGUGUGUUGCUGAAAAUCCUGACCCUGUUCAUGUUACAAGGACAAUAAUAGGGGCAAUAGAUUCUUCUCCCUGUAUCCUGGAUAAUUUUGAUUUACUUCAGACUAAUCUGAAGGCAAAAUUGAUAGGAAAGACCUUCUUGGUUGUUUUAGAUGAUGUCUGGCAUGAUCAACAAGACAUGUGGGAGGAUUUCCUAAAACCUUUUCAUCAUGGGAAUAAUGGGAGUAAGAUUCUCCUAACAACCCGUAACGAAAAUGUUGCUUCUGUGUUUGCACCAAACAAUCUACAUUAUCGACUAAAUUUAUUGUCGAAGGAAGAUUGUUGGUUGUUGUUUUUGAAGCAUACAUCUGUUUCUACUAAUUCUAAACAAUAUACAACUCUAGAAAUAAUUGGUAGAAAAAUUGUUAAAAAGUGUAAAGGAUUACCUUUGGCCGUGAAGACACUUGGAGGUUUAUUGCGCAACAAGCAUAAUGAAGGGGAUUGGGAGAAUGUACUUAAAAGUGAAAUUUGGGAACUCUCCAACAGUAAAAUUGCUCCUGCAUUAAGAGUUAGUUAUCACUAUCUCCCUUCCCAUUUGAAGCGGUGCUUUGUUUAUUGCUCAUUAUAUCCUCAAGAUUAUGCAUUUGACAAAGACAAUUUAAUUUUGUUAUGGAUGGCAGAAGAUCUCUUACAACCAAAGAAAAACAACACAUUAAAAAAUAUUGGUUGUGCAUAUUUUGAUGAAUUAGUUGCAAGGUCAUUUUUUCAACCUUCUAGUACUGAGAGAGGGUUAUUUGUAAUGCAUGAUCUCAUGCAUGAUCUAGCAACGUUCUUUGCUGUAAAAUUCUAUUUCAAACUCGAGGAAUCUGGGAAUCUACAUGGGGUAGAUAGCAAAAUUCGUCAUUUGUCCUUUUCUUCAAUAUCUUGGGAUAUUAUCACAUCAUUUGGAGAGGCCUGUAAGAGAGCAGUACACUUGAGAACAGCUUUAGAUUUUUCUUGGUAUCGUCAAUCAAUUGAUGUUGAAAGCAAACCCUGGCUCUUACAACAACAAUUGAGAGUUUUGUCAUUUCCUAUCAAAUCAUUGCCUGAAUCAAUAGGUGAAUUGAUUUAUUUGCGUUAUUUAAAUCUGUCUGGAGCAUGUAUUGUGACAUUGCCAGAGUCAAUAUGUAAAUUAUACAAUCUCCAAACUUUGAUAUUGGGGACUUGUUAUGAGUUAGAGAUGCUUCCCAGCCGCAUGCAAGAUCUUGUGAACCUACAACACCUUGAUAUUCGAGGUGUUUCUCUUCUGAAAGAGAUGCCGAAGAAAAUGAGCAAGCUAAAGCAUCUAAACUUCUUAAGUUAUUAUAUCAUCGGCAAGCAUGAAGAGAACGGAAUAAGAGAAUUGGGAACACUGGACAAUCUUCAUGGUUCAUUUCACAUUCUCAACUUGGAGAACGUCAAGAAUAGUGAUGAAGCUUUGGAGGCAAAGAUGGGUAACAAGAAGCACCUCAACACUUUGAAAUUGCAAUGGCUUCCAUUAGGUUACAUUUACACCGAUCAUGUCAAAAUACUUGAGGAGUUACAACCUCAUGAAAACUUGAAAGAGUUAUCAAUUGAGGGUUAUGGGGGUGAAACAUUUCCAGAUUGGUUAAGCCUUUCUCGCUACUCCAAUAUGACCAAAUUAAGUCUGAAUGAUUGUGAGAAUUGUUGUGAGCUUCCUUCGCUGGGACAGUUACCCUCUUUACAGCAUCUAAAGUUAUCUAAUUUUUAUUCGUUGGUGGAAAUUGGUUUAGAGUUUUACAACAAAAACGAUGGAUCAUUUCGGCAGGAAACACCCUUCAAAUCUCUUGAAACUCUGAAAUUUCACAAAAUGUAUAGUUGGGAGGAGUGGCAUUUUCCUGAUGGGUUUGAUGGUUUUCCUAAACUUAGAAGCCUUUCAAUGAGAUACUGUCUCAAGUUAAGAGGAAGUCUGCCAGCUCAGCUUCCGGCUCUGGAGGAACUUGCCAUUGUUGAAUGUUCAAAGCUUGUAUGUUCGCUGCCGAGGGCUCCCAAGCUUAUAUGGCACCACACACGUUAG